AUGAAUAGCUAUAAUGAAUUACACGAAGAGGAACGUAAUUUUUCUAUUGAUUUUUCGCCUACAGAAUCUUCGAAAAUUAUAGGGCAGCCUGGGGGAGAUGUAGCCAUACCGAUUGAAGAUUAUUCUCCUGAUCCCGAGACAACAACACCCACCGACACGACGCUGCUACAUUGCUGCACUCGCUCCUAUUUCUUCUUCGCUGGGCAGUGGUUUUGGCCUGCAGAAAAUUUCAUCAAAAGUCAAAACCUGCCAAGAAAAGCAUGUAGAAUCGCAUACGCCAUUUGGCAGGUGAUAGUUGUGCUGAUAAUGUGGUCCUAUUUCCUGUACUCGAUGGGAUUUUUCACACUGCGAACCAUUGAGGAAGUCGAUUGGCUGUGCCCGCUAACCGACAUCAAGAACAUGGCUCACGGUUUAUGUUGGAUAGUAAAUCAGCACACGGGACUCGUAUUUUUCUUGUUUGGCAACUUUGAAAGUCUUCUGAAGCAGCUGAGCGUCACCAAGGAAGAGGUAAGUAUCCCAGAACGGGGAACUGGGGGAAGGAAGGAAACAGGGAAAAAGAAGAAGGGGAUGGCCCGGGGUGCAUUCCUAGGGAAAUGUAAAUUAUGCUUUACAAGUUAUUUUAACCUCUUUAAGUGAAAUUGUAAUGUGUAACCGUCCAGCCUAAGGCUACUGAGGACGAAAUUUGUAUACUACUGUUGAAUAUACUGCACAAGGAAAUCUAACGAUAUUGAAGCAGUCGUGAAACCCUAUAGUGUAACUGUUGUGGUUCAAUUUUAUCCUUGGCUCAAAUUUUCUUUUCUUUUGUUUUUGGGUAUGGUAAUGUAUGGUAAUAACAUGAUAAUGAGUUUGAAACAAAAGAAAGGAAAAUCUGAACCAAGGAUAAAAUUGAACCACAACAUAACCACGGGCGUCCCAAGCUCGCGUUUGGAGCGUGUUAUGUAAAAGAGUCGGUGUCGCGUUACAAGCAACAGUUAAGACUUUGCAUGAGAAAUAAAAUCCUGACGUCUGCGAACGCUAAAUAUCAUCAUUUUUACUUUUUUUCUAUGAAAUAAAUUAAGAAGACUUACCUUUUGUGUACUACUGUGUUUUUGGUGUGAAUUUAUCCAUUUAGUCGGUUUUUUUGGCUUUUUUUUGGAGGUCAAACAAUAACAGCCAAAAAAACCGACUACAGUUGACUCCCGAUAACUCGAACUCUCGCUAACUCGAACCUCGCGUUAACUCGAACCGAAAUCGAUUUCCCCCGGAUUUCAGUCAUACAUUUACUGUGUAACUCGAACCCUCGAUAAUUCCAAUCUCCCGCUAACUCGAAGUAGUUUUGUUUCCCCUCAGAUCAUUUCUAUAUAAUUUUACCCUCGAUAACUCGAGCCAUGUUUUGAGCCCUUAAAAGUCGGGAAAAAAACAGUCUACUGGUGUCCCAAACAUUGAAUUUUGAAUUUCCCAUUGACGUGUUGUAGGCAUAUAGUUUACUACUGGAGGUUGAUGUUGUUUGUCACAAAUCUAACGUGAAACAGCUUUACUUCUCAAAACAGUAAAACGCAUGCUCUAUUUAAGCAAGGUUUUGUUAUGUUACGAUUCUGAUUUAUAAUCUAGAAGUAUCUUUUAAUUUUCACUUGACAUUUCUACAAUUAAAUGUGAUUAAAAUGUUCACUGUGUAGUAAAAACUGAUUUUUUUUCCUUACUCCCGGCUAUUUUUUUCGAGCACCCGAUAACUCGAACUCCCGAUAACUCGAACGCCUGAUACUCAGGCUAUUUUCGAUUUCCCUUGAACAUGUUGAAGGUUCGAGUUAUCGGUAGUUGACUGGAAAUCGAUAAAUUCACACCAAAAACACAGUAGCACAUAAAAGGUAAGUCUCCCUUAUUUAUUUUAUAGAAAAAAAGUAAAAAUUAUGAUAUUUAACGUUCGCAGACGAGACCUCAGAAUUUUAUUUCUCAUACAGUGUUAACUGAUGCUAGUAACGCGACACCAACUCUCCUGUGAGAAAGGUAAUUUACAUAACAUGUUCGUAACGUGAGCUUGGGUUGGGACACCUGUGGUGUAACCAUUCCAAUGAAUGCUACUGAGCAGUACUUUCCUGUGGUACUGUUUAUUAUGCUGUACAAGGUGGCUCUAACUUUUGAGUCUGUGGAUGAAACCCUAAAGUGUGACCAUUCAAAUGAAAGCUACUAAGCAGUACUUUCCUGUGGUACUGUUUAUUAUGCUGUACAAGGUGGUUCUAACUUUUGAGUCUGUGGAUGAAACCCUGAUGUGUGACCAUUCAAAUGAAAGCUACUGAGCAGUACUUUCCUGUGGUACUGUUUAUUAUGCUGUACAAGGUGGCUCUAACUUUUGAGUCUGUGGAUGAAACCCUAAAGUGUGACCAUUCAAAUGAAAGCUACUAAGCAGUACUUUCCUGUGGUACUGUUUAUUAUGCUGUACAAGGUGGUUCUAACUUUUGAGUCUGUGGAUGAAACCCUAAUGUGUGACCAUUCAAAUGAAACCUACUGAGCAGUACUUUCCUGUGGUACUGUUUAUUAUGCUGUACAAGGUGGUUCUAACUUAUGAGUCUUUGGAUGAAAUACUAAAGCUACUAAGCAGUGCUUUCCUGCGGUACUGUUUAUUAUGCUGUACAAGGUGGUUCUAACUUAUGAGUCUUUGGAUGAAAUACUAAAGCUACUAAGCAGUACUUUCCUGUGGUACUGUUUAUUAUGCUGUACAAGAUGGUUCUAACUGUUGAGUCUGUGGAUGAAAUCCUGUGGUCUGACCAUUCAAAUAAAAGCUACUAAGCAGUACUUUCCUGUGGUACUAUUUAUUAUGCUGUACAAGGUGGUUCCAACUUUUGAGUCUGUGGACGAAAUCCUAAAGUGUGACCAUUCAAAUGAAAGCUACUGGGCAAUACUUUCCUGUGGUACUGUUUAUUAUUCUGUACAAAGAUGACCUAGCUUUGAGCCUGUGGAUGAAAUCCUCAGCGCGACCAUUCAAAUAAAAGCUACCGAGUAGGACCUUCCGGAGAGACUGGUUCAACUGAAGGGACAACUGACUGGUUGUUAGUAGCAUGCGAAAACAGCUGUUUCUCCUCGCUAAAUGGCUGUGUUUGCAGGCUAUUUAUUACAACAUCAAGAGGGUUCUGGCCUUUCAAAGAACUCAUCCACUAUUGAAACAUUCUUGUACUGUUGACGUUUUGAAACACGAAAUUAAACGCAAGACGUUUUCUAUACUUAACGUCAGUCUUUCGAAAUCAUUUCUGUAAUCUUUAGGUGAGGAGAAGAGCUCCGUCCCACUCGAUCUCCGUGUUCGUGGUAAAUUCUGUGCUUUGGCUAUUUGUCGUUCCAAUAAGUUUGCAUGCCACGCAAAUGUUAAUACCAGAUUUUUUGAAAGGGCCAAGACACAGAGACGGAAAGAUCACGGGGACCAAUAACAUCACCUUCCCAGCGACACAAAUAGCUUUUGAUGUUAUCUUUUACGCAGCCAGUCGCGGUUUUUCGCUGCCCAUUUUCUUCGCGUUUCUUUACAUGAUGUUGUUCCUGUGUUGCGAAGUGGACAAAUUCAAAGACGAGCUUGGAGAUGGUCUCUAUCCAACCGAAGAUAAAGCCAAGAAAAAAGCCAUAAAAAUAAGAACACUGAUCAAGGAGACUGAGAAGGCUUUCCGUUUUUUCCUCUCCUUGUAUAUAGCCAUGAUUUUAUUGGCUUCAGCACUGGAAAUAUUCUCCAUCGUGGAAAAAGUUGAAACCGUGAUAAUAGCAAACGACACCGUUUAUGAAAUACCUACCAGCGCUACAGCAGCCAGCCUGCAAACGUUAAAUGUUGGGUCGAAAAAUUUGAUGCCUUUUCCACACAGGUAGGACUCUAAUUGUAAAUCUCAUUACAAUUCCGUCUCAAUGGGUUCCAGUCCUCGCUCCUACUUUUAAAAACUUCCGCGCCGGUCCGAAUCGCUGCACUAAAGUGCAGACUGUUCGCUCCGUUCUCUUCGCGCCGAAAUCACGGUUCUUGCCGUGUGACGGGAAGCCCUAUCCGGUUUGAUUUUAGUGGCGGCGCAAAAGCUUUUCUGUAUAGUGUGAACAUAGCCUAAUUUAUAGUUCUAACAGCACUUUGUUUUGUUCAUAACUAUGUUUGUUUGCAAAAUCAUAACAGUUUUCAAGAUCUUUCUAAUCUCAUGCAAUGUGCGUCAAAAUUCGGUUGAAUUCGGUAAAAGUUCCGUUCAGUAAUUAGCUGAUAUUAUUUAGUUCUAAACCUCCAAUACUGCAUUUUCAGCUUAUUCACUGGUACACACUGUAUCUCAGCCAUCAUUUCUGCGUUUGAACCUAUAAUAUUAUCAAAUGGGCGACAGCCUGAAUCCUGUACAACUUAAGACGACCCUGAGUAAAAUCUAACAAAAACUGGGUUUAAAGCGAAGCUUGAGAAUUCAAUGACACAGUUAUUCUAUUCGCCCUUGUUGGAUAAGAGAUUGGCCUUUUAGCCAGCUCGGCGUGCGGUCUUUUGGAGAAGAAGGAGUAAAGCUCAUUACAACUUAUUAAACCUGAUAACCCUUUGAAAACAAAAAGUACAACAGAAAAGCUAUCUUGAUCUUUCUUCAAUCUUAAAUCUGUUAAAUCGGUUAAUUGCCAAUAGCAUGGCUAAUCGUGGCAAUGGGUGGUAUAAUUAGGCAGUAGGUGAUGACAGAUGGCUGUUGGCUGUGGACUUAAACACGACCAAAGCCAGUAAAUGGAAGACCGUUCCACACAUGUAUACACCGGGCAAAAAAAGAAUGCAUGUAGUGAUCAAUAGAAACGGGUUAAAGGUUGCAUGUCGCACUAUGGGACUUCCUGGUACAAUCCCAUGUGUCCUAUCUUCCUUUUUUCCCUGGGAAUAUAAACGAUAGAAAUGAAGGGGGAAAUAAAGUUUUCAUGCAAGGAUUUAAACUAAUUAACAAAACAGUUUAGUGAGGAAUGCUUAGUUCCUCUGAAUUAAAGCUCAUAUUAGUACUAACAAGUUACCAUGUGAACUCCUGUUCACAGGUUGACGGGAAAUCGCCCAAUUCCGUAUUAUCUGGUUGUGAUUCCUCCCUCAAAUCACACCGUGGGAAUGUCUGCAGGUGAAGACUACACCCGUAAGAAUGUUAUCGAUCACUACAAGAUCACGACGCAAGAGAUCGUGGUAACAGCUGUACUGGACAUAACAGAAAACGUGGUACUGUACGCCUUUCCACUCUACCAGAUGUCUGUUCUCAAAAGUUGUUUGAAAAGAGUACUGGAGAUGGUGGAAGACAGCGAUUAUGGAGCACCGGAAACCCACUUGGACGGAACUACAUCUGGCGAUAAUGCAGCACAGGGAUUCCACUUAGACGGAACUACAUCUGGCGAUAAUGCAGCACAAGGGACCCACUCAGAACAUACGGCUUCUUGGGAGGAAACGCCUAAAACGAUAUUUAGAACAAGACAAGAGAAGAAAGACUUCACGAAUUGGUACCGCGCUACGUGUACUUCUGGUGUUAAAGUUCUUGGUAGAGAAGUGAGUUUUCUCUGGGCCUUGGUGUUGACCUUCUUUGCUCCCUUUGUUGUGGUGGUGGUGAAUUUGAUGUUUAAGCACAUUGACAUCGAAUCUCCGUGGCAUUAA